ACAGCAGAGCAGAAACAUGACGGAAAGAGUGACCUUCAGCACGCCCAAGGUCACGCCCCGGCCCGCCGCCGGGCCCGUGCUCCCCCCAGAGCCCAUCGACAUCAUCCGCAUCAAGGCCCGCUCCCGGCGGGUCAGGCUCAACGUGGGGGGUCUGACACACGAGGUCCUGUGGAGAACGCUGGACCGGCUGCCCAGGACCCGGCUGGGACGCCUACGAGACUGCAACACUCACGAGUCCCUGCUGGAGAUCUGCGACGACUACAGCUGGCCGGAGAACGAGUACUUCUUCGACCGGCACCCGGUGGCCUUCUCCUCCAUCCUCAACUUCUACAGAACAGGCAAGCUGCACAUGAUGGAGGAGAUGUGCGCCCUGUCCUUCGGCCAGGAGCUGGACUACUGGGGCAUCGACGAGAUCUACCUGGAGUCCUGCUGCCAGGCCCGCUACCACCAGAAGAAGGAGCAGAUGAACGAGGAGCUGCGCAGGGAGGCCGAGACGCUGCGCGAGAAGGAGGGCGAGGAGGAGCACGGCUGCUGUCCCGACAAGAGGCAGAAGCUCUGGGACCUGCUGGAGAAACCCAGCUCCUCUGUGGCUGCCAAGGUCCUGGCCAUGAUCUCCAUCCUGUUCAUUGUCAUCUCCACCAUCUCACUGUCUCUCAACACCCUGCCAGAACUGCAGGUUGUAGAUGAAUUCGGCCAAUUCAACGACAACCCCAACCUAGCCCACGUGGAAGCAGUCUGUAUAGCCUGGUUUACCAUGGAGUACAUGCUGCGCCUGCUCUCAGCUCCCAACAAGUGGAAUUUCAUCAAAGCACCACUAAAUAUCAUUGAUUUGCUGGCUAUAUUGCCUUACUACGUGACCCUCUGUCUAACUGAAUCCAACAAGAACGUAAUGCAAUUCCAGAACGUGCGGCGUGUGGUCCAGAUCUUCCGUAUCAUGAGGAUCCUCAGGAUCUUGAAGCUGGCAAGACACUCUACAGGACUCCAGUCUUUAGGCUUCACUCUGCGGAGAAGCUACAAUGAGCUGGGUCUGCUCAUCCUCUUCCUGGCCAUGGGCAUUAUGAUCUUCUCCAGCUUGGUGUUCUUUGCUGAGAAGGAUGAGGAUGCCACCAAAUUUACCAGCAUCCCUGCCUCCUUCUGGUGGGCCACCAUUACUAUGACUACUGUCGGUUAUGGAGAUAUUUAUCCACAAACUCUGCUGGGAAAAAUUGUGGGAGGGCUCUGCUGCAUAGCAGGAGUGUUGGUCAUUGCCUUACCCAUCCCAAUCAUUGUCAACAACUUCUCUGAGUUCUACAGAGAGCAGAAGAGGCAGGAGAAGGCCAUCAAGAGACGAGAGGCUCUGGAAAGAGCCAAACGGAGUGGAAGUAUUAUUUCCAUCAACCUCAAGGAUGCUUUUGCUCGUAGUAUGGAACUCACAGAUGUGCUGGUGGAAAAAAAGGAGGACAGUAAAUGUCCCGUGGACAAUCACCUGUCUCCUAGUCGAUGGAGCUACCACAAGCACUACUCCAACGCAGAGGCCGAUAGCCCAGGGAAGUCCCAACACUACCAGGAGGUGGCUCAGCUGGGUUCCCCUGAACGAGCCAAGCCCUCAUCCAACAAAACCACCCCUCAAUGCCUCAGUGCAAAAUGCUUAGAGGAUGCUUACAACAAGGCAGCAGAAAUCCAGGAUCAACAGCAAAAAAUGAAAGAGGAGCAAAUAGAGAUGAAUGCAAUACAAACCACCCAGGCCCGGCAAAGUUCACCAAACGUCAGUAAGGUCAGGAAAUUAUCCAACGUAGCUGAUGAUUUCACAACAGAAAGAGGGGAAAGAGGCUCUCAGCUUCCCAGUGGUGAAGUAAGCCAGACUGGCACUAAGCAGCAGCGUAUCCCCCCUCCCUUGGAUCUAAGUCAGAUCAGCGCUUUGGAGGCGAGUCGGGGCUCUGAUACCAUCAAGCCUAUGUCCAUUAUCAAAGAGGGACUGUAUGAGUUUGUUUCUAGCCCUGCUGACUGCAACACUGAAGACCUGAGUGUGGACAGUGUAAAAGAAUACACCCCGAAAAAGAUGGGCUCCCUCAAAGUUGACUACAUCGGUUCUAGUGAUGACGUUCUCAUGGCGGUGAUGACACCUGUGACAACCCCCAUCUCCACUGGCUCGGCCAAGCUCGCUCAGCUACUUUCUGACGACAAGGUUUCCAAGUACACUCCGUCUCCCACUUCUGCAACACAUGAAGCUAAGUCUCCGCUGGCACUCCUGCAAACCCCAUCCCUGGUCCAGAAAUCUGUCAGUCCCAGCAACUCCCAGGGGGGAGGUGAAGGCUCAGCAGCUCGCAGCUUAGAAGGUGAAGGACAGCUCACAGGCUUAAGCCACCAGGGGAGGAAUCACAUGGAAAAGUCUGCAGGUGGCUCCGGCAGUGGUGCGAGCCCACUGUCGGCCAAAGGCAGCCCACUAAACUGCACCCAGGAGCUGCUGACUCUGGAAGGCGUGAGUGAUGGAGCAGGAGGGGCCGGAGCAGACCAGGGUCCAGAAAAACGAGAGAACCACAUUGAUCUGGAUGGGAAUCUGACACCGUCCUGUGAAACUAGCAUGUGAGCACAAAAAG